AAUUAAUGAAAUCCUCAUAAAGACAACAUAAAAGUUGGUUAUAAUUGUAGAGAUUUGAAGAGUAUGAAACAAAUAAAAAAAAAUACCUUGAAAAGGAACAAGAAUUAAAAUUCAACAGUUAAGAUUAAUAUUCUUAAGAGAAGUAGAUUAAUUGGAUUGGAGAUAUACAUGAAAGAUAAACUUUAUUAUAGAAAGCCAAAUGGAAGUGGAUAGAAUAAUAGAAGAAACGAUUAGAUUAGAGAAGAGAAAUGGAUCAAUUAGAAGGAGCUACAUUUCAUCCAUAAAUAUUAAAUAAGGAUCAAAAAAUAAGGACUCCUGAUCAAUUCUAUAAGGAUAAUAUAGACUAUAAAAAUAAAACUGUAUUAAUCUUAAAUAUUAAAUGUAGGAGAAAUAAAUAUAGUAAUUAAUUAAAUAAAAAGAAGACUAAAUUAAUAAGAGAAGUUGCUCUCCUAAAAUAAAUAAAAAAUCUGUUUAAAUGGUAGUGUAACCUUUUUAUGACCGAUUGAAAGACAAAUAGUUAGAGAAAGAAUAGAAUUUAUAAAAAAUCAAGAAAAGUAUUACACCUUCUUUUAGUCCAUAAAUAUAUUCUCGAAACUUUUAAAGUCGUCAAACCUAUCAAUAUGUUUAAUAAUUUGUUAAUUAGAACUCAACCAAUAAUAAAAUAUGUGAAAUUGAUUUGGAUAUUGUGAAAAAUGAUUACAAAACUUUCACAUUAUUUGAAGACAUAAGAAGAAUAUAAUAUUCCCCUUCAGAAUAAUAUCAAUCCACCGAAGAAAAUAUUACUAAAAAUUUGAUUUUAUUAACUGAGAACAGUUAGAUUUUAAAUACUGAAUAGAUUCAAUAAUAGAGCACAGUUAAAAAAUAGUAGAAAUCAGUGAGCCCUUUAAAAUCUAUAACAUCAAAAACUACAUAAAAAAAUUACUUUAAAAAAUGA